GUAGGGUGUGCGAGAUUCGAGAAUUUUCAAGCGGUGUAGAAAGAGAGAUGUCGUCUGGUCGAAGAACGGCGUAUUUCUACGAUCCUGACGUGGGGAACUUCCACUACGGUCAGGGUCACCCCAUGAAGCCUCACCGUCUGGCGUUGACUCACUCCCUCGUCCUCAACUAUGGUCUCUACAAGAAGAUGGAGGUCUACAGACCGUACCGGGCUACGUCCCACGACAUGUGUAGGUUCCACGCUGAGGACUACAUUGAUUUCUUACAGAGAGUCACACCACAGAAUAUUUCAGGAUUCACAAACUGCCUCAGUAGGUUCAACGUGGGAGACGACUGUCCUGUAUUUCCUGGUCUGUAUGACUUCUGCUCCAUCUACACCGGAGCUUCUCUGGAGGGAGCCGUCAAACUCAACAGUGGGAGUUGCGACGUGGCGAUAAACUGGGCGGGAGGGCUCCACCACGCCAAGAAGUUUGAGGCGUCCGGGUUUUGCUACGUAAACGACAUCGUCAUAGCGAUCCUGGAGCUGCUCAAGUACCACCCGCGGGUCUUGUAUAUCGACAUAGAUAUUCACCAUGGCGACGGAGUCCAGGAGGCUUUCUACCUCACAGACAGAGUCAUGACUGUCUCGUUUCACAAAUAUGGAAACCUCUUCUUCCCUGGAACAGGCGACAUGUAUGAGGUAGGCACCGAGAAAGGGAAGCACUAUUCAGUCAACGUCCCCCUGAAGGACGGGAUCGACGACCUGACAUAUGACAGUCUGUUCAAACCAAUCAUACAGGCCGUUGUGGAGCACUAUAGACCCACGUGCAUCGUCCUACAGUGUGGAGCUGACUCUCUGGGCUGCGACAGACUCGGCUGCUUCAACCUCAGCAUCAAGGGACACGGGGAGUGUGUCAAGUUUGUGAAGAGGUUCAACAUCCCCACCCUGGUCCUCGGGGGAGGAGGGUACACCGUCAGGAACGUCGCGCGGUGCUGGACCUACGAGACGGCUCUUCUCCUCGACAGUGACAUCAACAACGAACUCCCCUACACCGAGUACUUUGAAUAUUUCUCCCCCGAUUUCACUCUUCAUCCCGAUGUUAGCGUCAAAAUUGACAACCAGAACACCAGACAGUACAUAGACCAGAUUCGUCAGACUGUCGUUGAGAACUUGCGACUACUUCCACACUCUCCUAGUGUUCAGAUGCAACAGGUCAGUAAACUCUGAGAUUACUGACAUGCACGGUUUAGUCAGUAAUCUCCAAGAUUACUGCAAGCUCAAGAUUUAGUAACUCUAAGAUUACUGAGUAAAGUCUUGGUGAAUUCGAAGAUUUCUAGAAUUGUUCGUCAGGUCCCCCCAGACAUGCUGAGUAUGGAUCUGUCAAUGGAGCUGUCCAGUGACACCAGAAUCCCGGCCGGUGAGGGAGAGAGAGAUGUGGAACAUCCGGCUGAGUUCUAUUCCUCUGGAACGGACCACGACCACCUGUCUGGAGUGGAGACAUAACUCCUCUCUUUUUCAUGCUAACACCAUUAUUUUU